AUGGACAGAAUCAGUUUGUUGCCCGAUGAUUUCCUCUUGCAUAUACUUUCAUUGCUUCCUACAAAAGAUGUCUUGUCCACAAGUCUUCUGUCGAAACGAUGGAGAAAUCUCUGGAAGUUGGUGCCUAAACUUGAGUACAUCGAAAUCAACGACAACACCGAUCAUGGGAGAUUUGUGCGGUUUGUAGACAGGUCUUUGUUUCUAAACACUGCUCCGGUCUUAGAGAGUUUGCAUUUCAAGUUAGCUCGACAAUGCAGUGAGGCAGAUAUUGGGUUUUGGACUAGAAUUGCAGCUGAACGAGGUCUGCGUGAACUUAACUUCGAGUAUAGUUAUACGAUUGAUGAGCCUAUCAGAUUGCCUCAGAGCUUGUAUACAUGUGGAACACUCGUGGUUUUGAAACUAGAAAACGUGUCUCUUGUGGAUAUUCGAUUUCCGGUAUGUUUUCAGUUGCUCAAAACCUUGCACCUGGAUACGGUGAUCUUCCUAGACGAUGAAUCUCCUGAGAAGCUUUUGUCAAGCUGUCCUGUUCUUGAAGUCUUGGAAUUGGACCGAGCCAAAGACGACAACGUGGACACAUUCUCUGUUACGGUGCCUGCGUUGCAAAGUUUUAUCUAUUGUGCAACAGAGGGUGAUUCUGAGCUUGUGAUGAACACACCUUCUUUGAAGUACUUUAAGACAUUAGACUCUGGUUUUAGGUGUGUGAUUGAGUACUUGCCUGAGAUCGUGGAAGCACAUGUCGAGGUCAUAUGUUUAAAUACUGAUGAUAUCCUCAGAUCUCUUGCACCACUUAAACGUCUCUUGUUGUGCUUACCCACAGAGCCUCGGUUACCUACUGGUUGUGUCUUCCAUCAGCUUGAACACGGAGUUUUGCACAUGUGA